AUGGCUUCACUUUGCAACUACACACACCCAGAGCUUCAAAUCGCAGAUGGUCUCGUCCACCAAGAGACGGGGAUCCUAUUCCCUUACAAUCCCGAAUUUUACAACAAUGCCACAGGGCUAUACGGCCCAGGUGCCCUUUACUGCUGGUAUCUGCUACUCGCCUCUGUUCUUAUGCACUGGUUCUUCUGUUGUGUGAACAAUUUAACGCCCAAUUUUUCAAGCGACCUUUUAGGUGCUCUCGCGUACCCCUUGUUCGCUGCAACAGACUUACUUCUUCAGUCGGUGCGCAUGAUGGGAAAGGAUGAUCGUGCUUUGGCGAUUUACUGCCUCGCCUUUCCCGACUCUCCCAUUUCGGGACCUCAUUCUUUCAGCGACACGCCGUUGGAUAUGAAAAAUAUCCCACCUGACGUUCUUGACUUGGGUCAGCGCGUCAUUGACAUUAUCGGGCCGUAUAAGAUAUCUUGGACGGCUGGGUUGUUUCUAUACGUUUUACUCUUUGGUCUCAGAAAGUCAGGCAUAUCAUCCGAGAGCAAGUUAGCAAGCACUCGAUCACCUUACCUUAUUAUGCACGCGGCCCUUUUCUACAUUAUUGUAUCUGUCGUCGUAUUUUGCUUCAGUCUUGCCGACCAGGGAAUGGCAUGGACUUUGUUCUUUUGGGAGGGAUCUCGUCAAGCGAUGCUAAUCGGGACUUGGGUCUUUACCGCAUUGCUAAUCAUGGUAUUAUUUCUCUCUAUGACUCGACUAGUGCAGACGUUGAGAAAAGGAAGGAAUGCUGAAACGAGAGAGAUUUUGCACAGCAUCUUGUCGGGCCUUCUUCCUGGGGCGGCGGUUCUGGCGGUUGCAUUCGGUUUGAUCAUGUACUUUGGCACGACUGUUGUACCGGAUGUAGCUAUGCAGCUAACCGAGAGGGAUCAACUCGCGACAUUGAUGGUUGGAAUUGUGACUUGGGUGUAUGCCAUGCUGGACGUGUGCUAUUGUUACUUUGAGCCACCAAAUGCUGCUGGGGAGGUGGUAGACAAGUUCCCAUAA